GGGCUGGUCAGCAGCGAGUCGACAAAGGGUUUAGCCUCACAUCAUCAGAACCUUGUUUCCUUAUUGUAGCUGAAAUACUCACCAUAAUCCGGUAUUUUUCUUUUAAGACAGACCACCGCGAUGAAGGAUUCAUAAGCUGGUCUACUCAGCCCCCUGCUUUCGCAUUUGCAGCAGCAUGCGCGACGAGGACGAUGAUGAUCGACCCUUGGCAGACGCUCUGACGAGGCCUCUAAGUUGCGCGUCUCAUGUUGGAUACAUUCUUCUCAAUGUUGGUACUUUGCCCACUUACACAACUACUGCUAAGACGGUCUUGGCAUCAUGGAAUAUAUAAGAGCAGUAUCUACCCAGUACAGGGCAUUGCUUCGAUAUAGCAGAUGGAAACAAGGCAAUUGGACAUCAUUUAGACACGAUGCUGAAGCUUUUUUCUUUCGCCUUCUUUCUCCUGUUCAGUGACAGCGCUAUUGGAAGUUCUCUCAACGAUACGGCUUAUGACUAUGUUGUCGUUGGCUCAGGACCUGGGGGUGGCACUCUAGCCGCAAGCCUUGCACGUGAGGGCCAUUCUGUCUUUCUCAUUGAGGCUGGAGGCAAUAUGGGUGAUGAUAGUCUUCAGCAGAUCCCCGGCUUAGCGGAUGUCAACUCGGAGCACCCUGCUAUGUCUUGGCAGUUUUUUGUGUCUCACUACCAGAAUGAGACUCAAGCCCGUCGCGAUCGUUACUUCACCUACCGUCUUGCAAAUGGCACACUCUGGUACGGCAUUGAUGCCCCGGAGGAUGCAACUCCAUUAGGCAUAUACUACCCCAGAGGAGCUACGGUCGGUGGUUCUGCUAUAGCGAAUGCCAUGAAUGUGAUUUUCCCACCCGACAGUGACUGGAACCACUUCGCCGAUGUUACAGGUGACGAGUCCUGGGGCCCUGAAAACAUGAGAUCAAUGUUUAUCGAGCUUGAGAGAAAUACCUAUGCGCCUGAAGCGACGCCAGGCCAUGGUUUCGACGGAUAUAUUUCGACAAACAGAAACAACAUUUCUUAUGUUGUCGAUCGGCCGGGCGUACUUCGUGUGGUUCAGAACGCCAUCUCCCAAACUGAGGGCAUCGAAGCACCCGACUCCAAACGAGUCAUCGACCUGAUGGAAAGAGACAUGAACCGCCCCGAUAGCGAUCGUUACGAAAUCCCGGGUUUGUAUCAGGUACCAUUACAUAUUGACGAGAACCGCCGCAGAAGCAGCCCGUGGAAUUACAUCACGGAUACUUUGGCUGCGAGACGGCAAGAUGGAACACCACGAUAUCCAUUGACCAUGAGUACCCACAGCCUCGCGACUCGCAUUCUAAUGGAAAAUGCCGGGACUCGCUUGAAGGCCUAUGGGGUAGAGUUCAUGGUUGGAGAAGGUCUCUAUGAAGCCGAUCAACGAUAUGAUGCCUCGGUCGAGCCCCAGGUACGCGCUGUGAGGGCUAAGAGGGAAGUGAUCAUCUCAGGCGGUGCAUUCAACACUCCUCAGCUUCUCAAGCUCAGUGGAAUUGGACCUCAACAAGAGUUACAGAAAUUCGACAUCCCAGUUAUUGUUGAUCUUCCAGCCGUGGGUGAGUUUCUGCAGGACAACUACGAGGCGGGCAUCAACGUUCAGUCAAACAUCGCAUGGGAGAAUAGUCCCUUCGCAGAGUGUACGCCUGGUAGCCCUGAGACAGACCCCUGCCUUGCACAAUGGGAAGCCGGCUAUGGUGCAUAUGGUGAGGCGGCUGCUCCCAUUUUCAUGCUGCAUCGUAGCAACCAAUCCAGGAAUGCAGAUUGCGACCUCAUAAUCUUUGGUGCGGCCGGUGGUGUGUUCGAUGGUCACUACCCCGGGUUCAGCGAAAUUGUAUGGCCGCCGACAUCCUUCUUCUGGGCUGUCGUGAAGAUGCAAAACGGCAAUCCGACAGGCACCGUGAGGCUCAGAUCGUCCAAUCCCCGAGAAGCACCAGACAUCAACUUCAACUUCUAUCAAGAAGAUUCCGAUGUCGAUAUUUCUGCUCUUUCUGAGGGCAUUAGCCAUCUCAUGUCCAUCAUGAACGCCACUGGAGAGCCGUAUCAGCCCUUCCAGGUCAUCGACCCCCCUGCGGAUCGUUCACUCGAGCAACAUAUCAGAGAUCACACUUGGGGUCAUCAUGCCGCUGGCAGCUGCAGAAUGGGCAAGACAAAUCUGGACAGUUGUGUUGAUUCAAAGUUCCGGGUUCAUGGUGUUCAAGGACUUAGAGUUGUCGAUGGCUCCGUCUUCCCGAGAGUGCCCGGCGGGUUUCCUGUUGGUGCGACAUAUGCUGCCAGUCGGAAGGCAUUCCAUGACAUAGUCACCGACUUAGAAACGUGACAGUGUUGUAUGUAUUGUCUAUUGUAUCUGACUUUGAUUGAGCGUUUACAAGGAUGGGGCUUUGGGGGCUCUUUUUGUUCUUUAUCACCGGCAAGGCCGCGGAAAGUCAACAGGAAACCGUCGUAGGUAGUCA